AUGCUUGUUCGUAUAAACAUUCUCGCUGUUUUACUCGUUAUACUUGCAACCGCCCUCCGAUCGUCGUUGGCCGAUUCGACUUUCAUUUGCAGCUACUCAUUGCGAUGUCCUCAAAAAAGCACGAAUGGCUUCGAGGCACUGUGGCUUGCACGAAUACGCGAGAUUGAGGGCCUCAAGAAGUACCAUAAAAUGCAAGUGGCAACGAAUGAUGAGCACAAAAAUCCUCCGUAUUGGGUGACUCGGCUCCAGAUGCAGCAUUGUCGUGAACCGUUGAUGGGCGUUUUCCUUGACACACCCUCGAAACCUAAACCCGAUUGGGAGACACAUUGCGCGUGGACAGGUGAUGGAGAAAUGCAAGAAUGUGUGUUGGCCCCAUCGGGAACCGGCUCGUAUAGUUUUCUCUCGUCUACCGAUUUUUCUGCUCGAAUACACGACUUUCGAAAGCACAUCGGAUGCCCGUCACAUCUUGAUACGCGCGUUCCUCAUGGGCAAGUCAGCGAGUUGCACAUUUGUACGGAGCGCUGUCAUCAAGCCGGCCUAUCUACAUGGGCUGCAUUUUUCUUAAUGCUUUGCGGCUUUUUGGGUCUUCUAUGGAAUUGUAUAACAUUGGAAACAUGGAUUUUGCACAGGAAUCAAAGAAGGUGGCUCGCAAUGAGAGAAGCUAAUGAAAACCAAGGAUUGCUUGCGGGAAAUCAACUGCAGGGAGUCAUCGUUGCCCAACCUCCACCCAAUCGGUCACCA